UGAAAACAAGUCGACUCGCCGUUGUGACCUUUUGGUGCCAUGCUCUUCCUCUGUGAGUUCUGCCGUCGGCGAAACGGCACAGGACCCGCUUGCUCUCACCGACGGCGGGACCAGUGACAACGAGUCCAGCAAGGACGCCGGGACCAGUGCGAGCCGGCAGGUGUUCGUCCUGGACACGAAAGCGCUUCCACCAUCCGUCCGCGAGACUAUGGAAAACGGCGGUGACCACAGCAAAGGAGAGCGAAGAGACAUAAUGGCUGCUGUGUAUGAACAGUACACGAAGACGUGUCGCAGCAGGUACCUGAACAACGUAGACGCUAUCGCAGCUGACGUCGCAGAACAAUUCCCUGGGUUCGGGAAAGGACUGCGGCUGUCGGACCGGCUGAAACUUGUGAAGGAGUCACUGAUUAAUAAGUUCAAGAAUAAGAGGAAAGCAUGCGACGACCUCGAGGUUCAGCAGCGCAAGAAGACACCGAAGAAGCUUCCCAACUUCCUCCCAGACAUCUCCCGUGUGGACGGGAUGAAGGUGCACGAGUGCGUACUCGACAUGAAGAAGGGCACUCUCAACGAAAGCCAGGUGCAGGAAGCGAUGAAGAUAACUCUCCCAGACCGGCGUCGGAUGCUGGCCGGUGUCAAACGCGCAAGAAAAAGCAUCGCAGGAGUGAAAGCCAAGUAUCCACUGCUUUUUAACGAAAAUGAGAUAUGGGAAGAGUAUGCGCGACUGAAGUCGGACGCUCGGGGCGGCAAGGCCGUCCAGGCUGAUGCACUACGGGAGCUCAAAAAAGUUCUUCGCAACGUACCCGGCCACGACGCCGAAGGUCUGGUGGCCUCCCUGAAGGAACUGGAAACAGUUUUUGUAGAAGAGGAAGGACAUCAUACAUACCCCGUGAUCGUGCGGCGGGGUGGUAGUGCUGCCCUCUUCGUGGAGGGGGUGCACUGCGCCGCCCUCAGUGGGAGCGAGGAGCUCCAGCUCCUCACGUGGGCGGUAUCGUUUUCCGUGUUCUGCCAGCCGCUCUACUACCUUGGCAUCAAGAACACGGCCACUUUCCUGGCGGUAUACGUAGUACAUUCCGACGUUAAGAAGGAUGUUCCGACGGCGCUCCAGGCCGUGCUCACUAAACUUCUCCCAGCCGGCGAGCUGCAGCACUGAGCGAGAGAGAGAGAGGUCCUGGUUUCCGACUCAUUCGCCGGUUUUUCAUUGACUGCGGUCGAACUGGACGAGGGCGUGGUCCUGUCACGCCCCACUGCCACAUCGCCUGCCCAUUAUUCGCCCUUCAUGGGAGCCACGGACGUUGCUUUGAUGGCGGUGUAUAUGUGACAGGGCCCACUGCCACAUCGCCUGCCCCUUAUUCGCCCUUCAUGGGAGCCUAGACACGGACGUUGCUUUGAUGGUGGUGUAUAUGUGACAGGGGACUUUGUUUAAGUGUUUAAGAGGGUUACGUUUUUGCAGCGCUAAAACUAGAAAAAAAAACUGGAUCCCUGAAGUAAGGGAACGAAUGGUACGAGAAGGCGUCAAUGAUUGUGCACUGUGACUGUGCAGUGAAUAGAAAAAUAGAAAGCGCAUGCUUCUGUUAUGUGUUAUAUUUCGUGUUGUAUUUCGGGGAAAUAUAUCCGUACUGACCGGGUAA